UGCACUCAGUCAUCCAGUCACUUGUCCUCUCUCCCUUUCACUUUGUACACACCCCCAGCAGGUGCUUUCACUUGAGGUUUAGUUUGCUGUUGUGCUUUAGGCUGUGUCUUUUAGGUUCAGUGAAAUUGUGCCAAAAAAAAGCUUGCGAGGGGGAUCCCAGGCCUCAGCCUGGGGCUCAGCAUCAGUCAUCAAGGAAAAACAGACUGUGGACUGCCUGCUUCACCUUCGUUCAUAGGCAGAGAACCGCAUCUGCAUUGAAGCGUUCUUCCAUCAGAGCAUCUUUGCAGAGAUGUCGAAUCCAGUGAGCGGCUUACCAGAGAGCUCUGACUUUGUGUCCCGGAUUGGGAUGACAGAGGAUUCACUCGUCUUCCGCGAGCGAAACAGGUGCUCUGAAGACCCCUGGGACACAGUUGACAUCAAACCCAACAUAGAAGCUCUGGAGCGUGGAGGGGGCCUCUAUCUGUCCUGCUACGACAUGCUCCUCACUGAAGAUGCCGCCUUGGUGGUGAAAGUUUCAGAGGGGUCCACUGCACUAGCCGUACCCAUGAAUCGCAUGGAGAGCCGCGAGGAGCCAGAGCAGUGCCCUGUCAUUGAUAGCCAGGAGCAUGGACUCUCCCCUGGGCUUGAGGGUCAGAUGGAGGAUCGUUCUCUGGAGCAGGUGCAGAGCAUGGUCGUAGGGGAGGUGCUGAAGGACAUUGAAACAGCCUGCAAACUGCUCAACAUCACCCCAGACCCUACAGAGUGGAACACGGGGAAUGUCCAAAAGUGGAUGCUGUGGACUGAACACCUGUACAGGUUGCCCCACGCAGGAAAGGCCUUCCAGGAGGUGACAGGGAAGGAUCUGUGUGCCAUGAGCGAAGAGGAGUUUCGGCAGCGCUCCCCACUGUGCGGAGACAUGCUGUACGCUCACCUGGAUAUAUGGAAGUCAGCUGCCUGGAUGAAAGAGAGGUGCUCAGCUGUAGAUACCAAAGCUACAGGCUGUGAGGAGCUUUGGUCCGAGGCGGAUUCAUCCUGUUCAGGUCAACCGAUUCAUCUGUGGCAGUUCCUCCGAGAGCUUCUGCUCAAACCUCACAACUAUGGUCGCUGCAUACGCUGGCUCAAUAAAGAAAAAGGUAUUUUUAAAAUCGAAGACUCGGCUCAUGUGGCGCGACUGUGGGGACUCAGGAAGAACAGACCUGCUAUGAAUUAUGACAAGCUGAGCCGCUCCAUUCGGCAGUACUACAAAAAGGGAAUCAUUCGCAAGCCUGACGUGUCUCAGAGACUGGUCUACCAGUUUGUUCACCCAGUAUGAGGCUUCAGGAGACUGGGAUGAUGAGAAGGAGACUUAUGACAAGAAAACCAAACUAUAUCUAACAAUGCACUUGAACAAUUAAA